UGGCUUAGCGUACGUUACGUAUGACGUCAGAACGUCAGCUGGCCGAAUGUUUACAUUCAGCAGUGUGUUUCUGGAUGCUGGAUCCUCUACCACAUAAAGCUGGACAGAAAGGAAAACUCCCACUAAACAAAGAACAGCAUCAAUCACUUUCACAGUCACGAUGGGUGGAGCUGUGAGCGCUGGUGAGGACAAUGACGACUUGAUUGACAACCUGAAGGAGGCUUAUUACAUCCGCUCAGACCUGGUGGAGCGGGCUUUUCGAGCUAUUGAUCGGGCCGACUAUUAUCUAGAUGAAUAUCGGGACAACGCUUAUAAGGACUUGGCAUGGCGCCAUGGAAACAUCCACCUAUCUGCUCCUUGUAUAUAUUCUGAGGUUAUGGAGGCUUUGGAUCUCCAUCCUGGUCUCUCGUUCCUAAACCUUGGAAGUGGGACUGGCUACCUCAGCACCAUGGUGGGGCUCAUAUUGGGACCAUUUGGGGUGAAUCACGGGAUAGAGUUACACACAGAUGUGAUUGAGUAUGCCUACCAGAAGCUUGACUCCUUCAUCAAAACCAGUGACAGCUUUGACAAAUUUGAGUUCUGUGAGCCAUCCUUUGUUGCGGGAAAUUGCCUGGAGAUUCCUCCAGAGAGCCGUCUGUAUGACAGGGUGUACUGUGGGGCCGGGGUGCAGAAGGAGCAUGAGGAUUAUAUGAAGAACCUUCUCAAAAUGGGAGGCAUCCUGGUGAUGCCUCUUGAGGAAAAGUUGACAAAGAUCACACGUACAGGACCGAACAGCUGGGAGACAAAAAAGAUCAUCUCUGUGUCCUUUGCACCUCUGGUGCUUCCUAAACACAACACAAAUGGCAAACCUAAGACCACCCCUCUGCCCAAAUUCGAGGUUAGGACAUUGCAGGAGCUAACUCGUAUCUGCAUCCGCCACACGCUCAGGGUGACCACGAAUGGGACGGACACGCAGUCACGUGGCCGAGGUUCCUCCUUCAGUGUGGGUCGGGGUCUUGCUGUCGCUGGGCUCCAUAAGUACGGCCCUCGCUUCAAACGGCGGCGUGUCCACCGCCGCCACUGCAACACCCUUGUCCUCGCCACCCGUCAGGUGGUGACGAGUGGCGGCAUCAGCACUUCUGCUCCUCUGGACAGCAACAACAACCAGGGAGCAAGAGCAGCGGCAGUGGAGGAGGAGGAGGUUGCAGAAGUGGGCGAGAGGGAGACGAGACACCAGAUGAGAGGGAGCAGGAAAAUGGAAAGAGCAGCAGGAGGGAUGAUCGAAGAGGAAACUGUAGAGGAAGAGGAUGAAGAGGAGGAGCAGGAGGAGGAGGAGGAGAAGGAGACCGGGGAGCUGCUGCGACCGCAGCCGAAUGUGAACAUCCUGAGGGAGAGGGUACUGUGUCUGCCACUGCCGGAGCCUCUGAAGAUGUACCUGCUGUACUACAGAGAGAAAUGAGUGGUGCGGAUCUACAUUCUGAAUCAGAGCUGAAACCAACAACCUGCCGAGGCUGAAGCCUCUGUUUCGACCCCACCACCC